AUGUCAGAGACCAAAGCGUUUCCAGAUAUGCUUGAGGGCAAAAUUGUCCCCGACGCUAUGGUCGAGAGGCCUAGUAUCGCCGAUGGGGACAUAAAGGCUUCCAACGAAAACCAACUUGGUGAUGACGUUGCCCCUAAGAAGACCUUGAGACACCUUCGCCCUCGACACAUCCAGCUGAUGGCCCUCUCUGGGGCCAUCGGCACCGGUUUGUUCGUCGGUACCGGUGCUGCCCUUGAGCGUGCUGGGCCUCUGGGCCUGCUGCUGGGCUACACAAUCUAUGCCUUUCUGGUUUGGUCAACUUUCAACGCGGUGGGCGAGAUGGUCGUUUGGCUUCCAGUCGACGGUUCCAUCGUUGUUUUUGCACACGCCUAUCUUGACGACGCCUGGGGUUUCGCGCUCGGGUGGCUUUAUACUAUCACUAACUCCCUCUCGGCUGCGGGAGAAGUUGCCGCUGUGGCAACAAUCUUCAAUUUCUGGACAGACUCUAUUAACAAUGCUGUCUACGUUGCAAUUGUUGCAACGUCGCUCGUUGUUUUCAACGUUUUCGGUGUCCGCAUCUAUGGAGAGGGUGAAUUUUACCUUUCCCUGUUCAAGAUCUUGCUGAUUUUGGGACUCUUGCUUAUGACCUUUAUCGUCAUGGUGGGUGGUAAUCCGCACCAUGAUGCCUUCGGUUUUAGGUACUGGAAAGAUCCCGGCGUCUUUAACGAGUAUAUUGCCUCUGGCUCUUGGGGUCAUUUCUUGGGUUUUUGGUCCGUUUUCAUCCAAGCUGCUUUUGCUUUCGGCGGGCCCGACUACAUUGCGCUCAGCGCCGGUGAAGCUCGAGCUCCUCGCCGUGUCCUCCCUUCAGUCUUCAAACGUGUCAUCUAUCGUCUUGGGGUGUUCUACAUCCUCGGUGUUUUGGCUGUUGGUAUUCUCGUUCCUCAUGACGACGAGAACCUUGGCACGAACAAGCCCGGCGCCGGAGCUUCCCCGUUUGUCAUUGGUAUCACUCGCCUCGAUAUUCCCGUCCUUCCUCACAUUAUCAACGCCUGUUUGAUGACGUCUGCGUGGUCUUGCGCGCUGGAGCUGUUCUACGCUUCGACCCGUGCUCUGUAUGCCCUCGCUGUCGACAGGAAGACCCCGCGAUUCUUCCUCUUUACGUGGCGGGGUGUUCCCACUUUCUGUGUCAUUGCAGUCUGGAUUGUCACAUGGAUUUCCUUCAUGUCUGCCUCCAACGAUUCGCUGACCGUCUUCACCUGGCUCACCAGCAUCGUCGGUUCUGGAAACUUGCUUAUCUACUGUAUCUUCCACGUCACUUAUAUACGCUUCCGCAAGGCCCAGAUGGCUCAGGGUAUCCGGGACUCUCAACGACCAUGGUUCCGCCGCCAUCAAUACUACUACUCUAUUGCGUCCCUCGUUUUCUACUGCAUCAUCUUCAUUACUAAUGGUUUUGCCGUUUUCGCAAAGGGCAAUUGGGACACCUCUAAGUUUAUCUUCGCUUACUUCGCCUUGGCUGUCUUCCUCGUUACCUACUUGGGUUAUAAGAUCCUUCGGAAGGCCCCUAUGUUUAGGCUGGAGGAUGUGCCGCUCUACGCUGGUAGGCACGAGGAGGAUAUGGAUGAUGGAUAUGUUGAGCCUGAACCCACCACUGGCUUUGAAAAGUUUAACAGGUGGCUCUGGGGUUAG